AACAAUCGGUAGAAGCAUAGUUUGGAGAUUGCAUCUCUAUGGUGGGUUUCUGACGUGCAUUGUCUGUUGAUUAAACUUACCCGCGGCGCAGAAAAUGUUUCCCUCAUACCCACAGUGUUCGUGACAAGUGGGGUGCAUUUUCUUCAUACUUUCGGAUUCAUUCAUUCAUUCAGUCGCGAUUUGUCAACUUGGAUGACGCGGGAACGAACACAUGUGCAGAUCGCUGACGAGCAGUCAGCGAUCAGUCACUUUAACACGGAGGUGAAGGUUCAUCUUGACGUAUCUUCGCGCAAUAAUGGCUUUGCGCAAAGGCGCGUCGUAGAAAAAGCUUCCUCUUCAAAAUUGUCGAGUAAGAGCAUGAAGAGAAGAAUUGACGUAACCUCAUUCCAACCAUCUAAAGACGAAACCAAGUCCAAUAGUAAACAUGUGAAAUCAUGUUACAAGCUUGAGAUGAACAAAAGAGGCACAAGCCUGUCAUUCAGGUGGGCCCUUAAGUCGAGAAACAAAGUCCAAGAUACUCUCGGAAUCAAACAAGCGAGGCCGAAAUUGCUGUCUAGGUCUGUAAAGAAUGAUCCACGACGAUCCAGAGGUGGACCCAAGCUCAAGUCCAUCACCGAUCCGUCGGAAGUGUCCGUUGAUACCCCCAACGCUGAACCUAUUGGUCAGGUAAAUGAGGAAGAUGAAUGGCAGAAGAGCCACGCAACUAAUGAAGCCUUCGACAGCGAAAGAAAAUCCAGACAAAACUCCAGCCAAUUUAGAGGAUUAUAUUGUACGGAAAAGAAAGAUGCUAUUCUGUCCAGAGCGUCCAGUGACUCCAAAUACGAAGAGGGAAGAGAUCUCAGCAAUAUGACUCCAGUGAAGAGAAGGAAACAAGAGACUGCGAAGGUCACAAAGGAGAAAUUCGCGACUAAUAAUGAUGCAAAAAAAAGGAGGAGGAGUGGGUCUGGUCAGCCUUUGAAGGAAACAACAAUAACUCAAGCCAGAUCUCUGCCAGUUACAGUAGUCGUCUGCAACAACGAAAGGGAUGAAACUCCUCUUUUACCAGAACCUGUCAGGGAUUUACAAGAAACUCAGUCGCAGAGCAAGACGAAGAUAGAGCAUCAGAGUACUAGUUUACCAGAAAUUGAAUACUUUCUGCCAGCUGCAAUGGAAACUAUGAAAGCUGAGGGGCUGCCGUCCCCGAACAAUGGGCCCAACGAAAUGAGUAAAAAAGGCUUCGGUGUGACAAGAGAAGAUCUAUUGAAAGCAGUUGGAGAACAGGGACUUCGGAUGAGAGCAGUUGAUCUCGAGGCUAGGUUUCGUCACCAAUUAGAUACAAAAGAGGCCCAGGAGGCGUUAUUACACCUUCUCAAAGAAAACUUCAAACCAGAAAAGAUGAAUGGGGAAUGGUUUGUCCUAUAUAAUGGAGAAUAAAUAUUUUCUUGGUACACUCGCUGAUGAAAAUGACUUGAUGUGAAUGCGGAUAAAGGAGAUAUUCGCACAUUUUUCACGAGUUUUGUUGUAUACGAGACACUCUUACGCAUCCCAAUACUGGCAGUAUGUUUUCUGCCUCAAGGAAAUCUAGAUUUUUUCAUAUCGAAGCAAACUUAUGCAAGAGUCACUAGAUGUGAUUACUGUUCUCCGUCUUUUGUUUACCCAGAUUGACUAUAAUAGAUCACAAGUCGAUUACAACCAUUAUUUACAUCCAAUCUAUG